AUGAGUUCCUCAGAGACCUUAAAAUCCAAGACACCCAUAAGCGUAGCCCUAAGCCCUAAGCCCCAAGUCCGAGAAAAUGAGAUACUGAGCUCUAAAACCCCUGAGAAGCCCCAACAGCUCCGUCGCCGAGCUCGCAACUGCAACAUCGCGCUCUCCAUUGAACAAGUUAAAAGAUCUGCCUCCAAAAGUCUCUUCAAGUCAAACCAGAAGCAACGGACGGACCAGAUCGAUUCUUGGCCCGAGGAGACCCAAAAGAAAACCCGUAUUCGCCGACCCGUGAAGCUACCGGAAAAGUAUGAGAUAUUGGGUGAGUUUUUCAAUUGCUUGGAUAUUUCGAUUCGGAGGUUGCGGAAGAAGGGUUUGAAGUCUAUUUUUACCAAUAUUUGCCCGGCAAUUGAGUAUUUAACGGAGAGGAGGUUUACAUAUGGUCACUUGGCUCAGCUGAAGUUUGUUUUACCUGAGGUGAUUGAGAUAAAGAAAUUGCUUGUGUGGGAUGAGCGAACCUGUCGUAGGAAGCCGGAUCUUCAUGUUAGCAUGAAUAUUGUUGCAGUGGAGAAUAAUGGCAUGUUGAAAUCUCAAGGUGGUGGUGCAAUUAUGCAUUUGAGGAAGGCCUUCUGGAAACGGCUUGCGGAUAUUUCAAAAUCUCAUCCUGAGGAUUAUGAAAUUCCUGAAGAAACUCUGCCCCAUCCAUUCAAUGUUGCGAAGCAGUCUAUGCAUUCAGAUAGGGUCAAGUUUCCCUCAUCUUCAUGUCCUGGUGAGGUUGAGCAACCAGCAGUAUCAACAAUCUGCCUUCGGGGUGAUGAAAUUCCAGAUGAGACGCAUCCAAUGCCAUCUAAUCAGUCAAAGGAAGAUUUGAAUUCUAACAUAAACCACACUCCCAAACGGUCACUGGUGAUUAAGACAUCAGUUGAAUUGCCUAAAAAUCAGCAACCAGCAAUAGCAGCUUAUCUGUCUCAGUCUUUUCAAAUGCAGUCUUCACAGGAAGUUACAAGAACUGACGUCCAAGCUCCAAAUAUUUCACUUCCAAAUACAAACCUCGAUGCAGUUUGCUUCAUUGACGAAACUAAAACUGCUUCUUCAUCGUAUGGUCAAGCGCCUGCAACUCCAACCAAAAAGAUAUGGCCCAUAAAAGAUGAUGAUGUUUUGCCCAGAACAAGUGCUAGUAUUACGUUGACUCCAGAAAAGCUUGCUUCAACUCCAGCCAGGUUGAUGACCCUCACACCUGCAUUGCAACCACCAAAGCGAUGUUAUAUGAGCCCUGAUGAUGAUUCUACAAGCUCGCCGAACAAGUUGGUUAAGCAUCUUCCAUGCUCCAGGUCAUUGAAAUUUAAUACUCCUAUGAAGAAUAAAAUGUCAAGCCCAGAUGAUAUUUCUACAAGCUCGCCAAACAAGUUGGUUAGGCAUCCUCCAUGCUCAAGGUCACUGACAUUUAAUACACCUGUGAAGAAUAACAUGUUCGAGGAAGAAGCAGUUGUUCUGGAUGACGCAUCAAGUGAUAGUGAUGUUUUCGAUGUUCUUCCAGAGGAUCUUUUGCAAUCACUUAGGGAUAAGGAGAGGAAGGCCAUCUCGCUAGCAAAGAGGCGGCGACAGAUGAUUUCCAGCCUUCCUGAACUCUUCAAUAUGAUUCAUUUCUUAUUUCAAUCAACGAACUAUUCUUUUAUGAAAAAAGAGGAUCUUGUUGACAAGAUCAUUUUUAGCCAUUCUGAUAUUGUUGAUGAAGGGGAAGUUGAAGAGCAACUUAAGUUGUUGCUUGAACUGGUUCCGGAAUGGAUUUCUGAAAAUUUAGCACCUGGAAGAUAUCUUUUGGUCAAGAUUAAUAAGAUUUCAAACCCUGAAUCCAUACGUGCACGGCUUGAAGACGCAAAGUAG